UAUUAAAUAGUUUUAAUUUUGAAUUUUAAUUCAAAUUUUGACACUUUUUAUUUUUAUUGGUUGUGUAAUACUCUUUAAAAGGUUUUAAAUUUUAAUUACGAUGAAUUUGAUUAAUCGAAAUUUGUAUGAAAGCUCCCAUGAUUGGAAAUGUACACCUUUAAAUGCCUAAGCGUUGCUUUUCCAGCUGUGGUUUGUAAGAUUCGGAGACUAGUAGUCUCCUUCAAAGGCUUAAUACUUUGCGUACAGCAUUUAUCUAUAUUUUUUAUUUAUUUUUCCUACUAGAAUGUUUUAUCCUUCUUUUGCUUUUUAAUUACGCAUUAAGCUAACUAUAUUACCUGUCCCUCCAAUAAAAAUUAUUAUUAAGAUAGUAUUUAUUACUUUUAUUCCUAAAUUAUGAUGAUUAAGUGAAAUUCGAAUUCUCAAAUCUUUUGAAUGUAAGGAUAAAAUCGGAUAACAUCUUAUUUAAAUUGUAGAUGUCUUCCCACUCCCACUUUUUGCAUUCCUUUAUUCAAUUUUUCUCAAUCUUUCUCUCUCUCUUUUUAAUUUAUUUAGGCUAUCCUAACCCUCAAAUUUAUUUGUAUAAUGUACGAGAAAAAUAUUAUAGCAAUUAUUAAAAUGAUAUAUUUUUUAAUUUAUAAAAAAUAUUUAUUAUACUUUUUCUCUGUGACUAAUAAUAUUUUUAAUUUUGUUUGCCGGAAUUAGGCUGCACAAAAUAAAUGUUUAUCAUCACUAAUUUUAUUAACACAAGGUAAACAGUUAUAGACAGAUAAAAUCUAAAAGCAGUAUGAAAAAUUCUUUUAAAAUAAAUAUUGUUUCUAGAGGAUAGUCCAAUAAUUUUAAAAAAUGGGAUUUUUUUUCUAGAUAUUUCAUAUUAAAAUAUUUAAUUAUAAUUGAAUUGGAAAGAUAUAAAAGAAAAGAAUUAUGAUUUGGGUCACUGAAAAUGAUUCAAAAUGUGGUUAGAAUAUAUCAAAUAAUUAGAGAUUAUUUAAUGUGGAAAGUGGAAAGCAAUGGCAACCUCACUGAUCAAAGAUGAAAGCUAACACCAAACAACUUUACAAUUGUUUCCAUAACCAACUUAGACCAUAAACUAUUCAGCAAACUCAAAAGCACUCUUUCCUUCAUCAUUUCCAGCACUUUUAGCCUUGAGAUAAUUGGGUCAUUUUGCCUGAGUUGCGGUUAGCUCUUAGCCACACAGAUAGUUUAAUAUGUUCAUCAGCGCCCUAAUCCUACCACAUUAGUAUUGAAUUUUACUUUUAAAAUUUUAAAUUAAAAAAAAAUUUUAAUUGAAUUUUUAUAAAAUUUUUAAUUUCAAAGGAAGAGUCUGAAUUUUAUCAUAAAUUCGAGUAAUAAUUCAUAAAGAUGUUAUGAAAAGUAAAUUCAAUUAAUUUUUUUUUUAAAAAAAAAUUCGUAUCUCUACUUAUACACAAUAACGAGCAACUUCCUUGUAUAUAUAUAUACCAUUUUCUCUGAGGGUCUGUCUGUGUACUUUCCCUCAUCUCUCUGGUUGCUUUCUCUCUCUCUGGUUGCUUUCUCUCUUUAUAGCAAAGACAAGAAAAAUGGGUGCUCUUGAUUACCUCUCCAACUUUUGCACUGUCACCAGCACAAGAACCAAACGCAAGCCAAUGCAGACAGUUGAAAUCAAAGUGAAAAUGGACUGUGAUGGCUGCGAAAGAAGAGUUAAAAACUCUGUUUCCUCCAUGAAAGGUGUAAAGACAGUGGAAGUGAACAGAAAACAAAGCAAGGUAGUAGUGAGUGGAUAUGUUGAUCCAAACAAGGUGUUAAAAAGAGUGAAGAGCACUGGAAAGAGAGCAGAAUUUUGGCCAUACAUCCCACAACACAUAGUUUAUUAUCCUUAUGCAUCUGGUGUUUAUGACAAAAGAGCACCACCAGGCCAUGUUAGAAAUGCUGUGCAAGCUUUUCCAGCAUCAAAUGCUCCUGAAGACAACAUUGUUUCCAUCUUCAGUGAUGACAAUGUCAAUGCAUGCUCUGUCAUGUAAUGAAGCAACUCAAUCUUAAUUUUACUUUCUGAUAAAUUGGGUUGCUUUUCUUUUUGUAAGCAAGACCAGCUCCCUUAAUUAUCAUAAUUAAUAAUUUUGAGUUGCUCCCUC